AUGGCAUCCAUUGCUGGCAUCGCGGUUGCGAUAAUGUUCUGGGGUCUUUUCUUCUAUUUUCCCUUUGCAGUGUAUGAGGCUUGGUCUUAUUCGGCUUUGGGCCAGCCAAGCGACACUGCAUCAGAAACAACCUUCAGUUUACUGGUCGUAGUUGGCAACCAGUUGCUGUACUUGCUGUGCGCGAAAGCUUCCAAGAAGAUUGGCUUUCGUUUUGCAAGCCAGGAGCUUGCGGCCUACACCAGCCUCUACACGAUGGCUUUGCUGUCCAACAUGUUCAUCGACAUCUGGAUCCUUUUCUACACCACUGCCGCAGCUACAGAGAACCUGGGCCUUGAGGUAUCCUGGAGCUCGUUCUUUCUAAAUCGGGAAGAGCGGGUGAGUUUUCCACUUCGGGCCAAGUUGGGCGCGCGCCUCUAUGCCUAUAACUUCCCCUCCUGCUUCUUGUUGCCUUUCUUGUGCGAAGCUUUGUUCACUGUUGUUGUCCCCUACCAUCUAUACUGCAAGCUGGUGGGCUCUCAGCCAAUCGGUCAGAGGGUUGCAGACGCUUGCCUCUUGCCUACCCCCUUCGACAUGUCACGCUAUGCCGACGUGGUGCUGAACAUGACGCAAGCCACUGUAUCGCUCUUCUUUAGCCCAGGUUACGUUUGCUCAACCUUCUUCUUCUUGCUCUUCAGCCACCUUUUUGUGUAUGCAUGGGAUCACUAUCGAGUGUUACGGCAUGUGCGACAGUUCCGUUUCUCUUCAUACCGUACAGAGAAGGUUGCGCAGCGGCUGCUGGCCCUGCCCGGCGCAAGUCUGGCCACUUGCGUGAUGUUCCAUCUUUUCCAGGUGCAUGCUGUUCAGCCGAAGACAAAGUGUGGGAUCGUGCUAGCCCUGUUGCUGCCUGCCCUUCUUCACAUCGCCGGCCACAUGAUUGUCCUUGGGUAUGUUGUGCCGUGGCUGGGUCUCACCCGGCACGUGCCCGCCAUGCAGAAGUACAGUGAGGUCGCAAAGAUUUUCCCUGGUAAUUUCUUCAACAUGAACCCUGUCCACUGUUUGCGGUCAAGGUACCUUCAUGAUGAUCAACCUCCCUGCAUUUUCUACCAGAUUGGCAAGGAGCACCUUCUGGAGCCCAAUCCGAAGCUGGGACUGUUCUACAGUGCUCCCGAGUGGAACAAUGAGAAGACCUCCACAUUCGUGGAGCUGACGCAGUUUGCUAGAAAGUCCCUGAGUGGUGCCUUGGCCCUGGCAAAUCCGCGCUAUGCUGCAGAAGUGGCUCGGAGACAGACGGAGGCUUUGCUGCAUCUCAGCACAAUGCAGCCACAUGUGGACGACCAAGUCCUUGCUGUUUCAAAGCCCUUUGGGGUACUAGCACAUCCAUCGCCCGGUUAUUGGGAGAAGGGCACGGUGGCGCACGCCGUGGUGGACAAGAUGCCGGCAGAGAUGUUGGAAGAGCGGGGAAACCAUAAUGAAUGGGAUAGCUUCAUCCCGCGCUGCAUUGUGCAUCGCCUGGAUGCUGGCACGACAGGGGCGAUGAUCCUAGCGAAAAGCACCACUGCUGAGAAGCAUCUAGCACAGCAAUUCAGAGCUGCCGAUCUCAUGUACCAUGCGCCCAUCGGAAAGAAAGUCUACGUGUCCCUUCUGCUGGGACAUCCGGGGGGUUCAGAUCGCAAGAGCGACGUCACAGUGGCAGAAACCAUCGGCCGCCAUCCAACGAACAGCAGAUUCUGGGCUGUUGUUCCAGACGGUAAGCCUGCUAAAACAGUCAUCCGCGUGCACGCGUUCAGCGCAAAGCACGCGUUGUCACUUGUGACCGCAGAACUCUUCACGGGUCGAACGCAUCAGAUCCGGGUCCACUGUUCCCAUUUGGAUGCACCCAUAGCAAACGACAGUUUAUACGCUCCAUCGGCAAAGAACCGGGCUUUCUGGCAGUCAGUUGAUCGAGCACUGCCCAGGGGGCGUCAGUUGCUACAUGCUUGGGCUCUUGACUUGGAGCACCCAACAAAGAAAGGCAGCAAACUGAUUCUCAGAGCACCGCUUCCUCCCGACAUGGCUGCAAUCGUGAAAGACGUAUGGCCCUCACUGUCGCUUGAUCCUGCGUGCUGGCCUGGGAUACCACAACGAUUGCGAUCCAAGGCCAUGGACGUCGAUGGCGCUUCUUCAAGUGUGGGUCCAGCUGUGCUUGAGAUGCCCGGCAGCAUGCUUACGGAGCUGCAAAAGCAAUGGCUGGAAUGGUGGGACUCCUCCGAUGAAGGGCGGCGCUGGGUGCGCGAACGCGACCUGUGGGAACAGCAGCAGCGCAAGAGGCAAAAGCUGGGCGGAAAAGGCUUCUGCUUACCAACGGAAGACCUUUCAGAGCCAGUAAGUCGCCAUGAGCUAACGCAGGUUCUGGCUGGCCGGGAUGCCCAAAGAUUGCCGACAACUCAGACACUCUUGUAUGGAUUUUGA